CGGCGAUUCGUCUUCCAAAACCCUAGCACCAAUUCCCACUUCAUCCGCCUCGGUCCGCUGCCGCCGUCGCGAUGCCGCCCAAACUCGAUCCGACCCAGGUCGUCGACGUCUUCGUGCGCGUCACUGGUGGUGAGGUCGGUGCAGCCAGCUCUCUUGCGCCAAAGAUCGGCCCUCUGGGUCUCUCCCCGAAGAAGGUCGGAGAGGACAUCGCCAAGGAGACGGCCAAAGACUGGAAGGGCCUUCGAGUCACCGUCAAGCUCACUGUCCAGAACCGCCAGGCCAAGGUCUCCGUCGUUCCCUCCGCCGCCGCCCUCGUCAUCAAGGCCCUCAAGGAACCCGAGCGAGACCGCAAGAAGACCAAGAACAUCAAGCACAACGGAAACAUCUCUUUGGACGAUGUCAUUGAGAUCGCAAGGGUGAUGCGCUCCAGAUCCAUGGCAAAGGACCUCUCUGGCACUAUCAAGGAGAUUCUCGGAACUUGCGUCUCCGUAGGCUGCACGGUCGACGGCAAGGAUCCCAAGGACCUUCAGCAGGAGAUAUCGGAUGGUGAGGCAGAGGUUCCUCUUGAGUGAUUUUAGCUUAAUUUUGCGUUUAGAUCAUUUUGCUUUAAAUCACUUACUUUGCUCUUUAGCUAAGGUAGUUUUGUUGGAUUUGAUCUUAGUUACAUUUGAAAUCAAAACUUUUAUUCAUCAGCAAAAAAUAAUGUGCUUCAUUUUUGUAGUU